GGUAGAGUUUUGGCUGUCCAAGGAGCUCCAUGCGUUGGCUAUGGAGAAAGGGGCGCCCUUGGGAUUGCCUCGCCUGUGCGUGCUGUGGACGGCGGUGCUGUGGGAAGUCUGCCGCUGCGGCGCCCACGCCAACUGGAUGUGAGUAGCAUAGGCUCGCUGGAGUCGGGCGUGGGAGGAAGCAGAGUUUGAAUCUGACCGUUCUCUAGUAAUACUCAGAGAAGGAUAUUUCUGCCCGCAACCUAAGCAAUCCCGUUAUUAUUCUUGGGUGAAGCGUUGCAAAUGAGACUUUUCCUCUCUGCCUCUCCUAUGCGGGCUAUAACUUGGAAUGAAAACAUUGAUGAGCCUGAUCGAUCCCCAUACAAAUGUCCUUCCCUUAAUAAGGCUCAAGUGAUGGCAUAAUGACAGUUCCUAAUGAUGAUAAGGUGGCUGGGUAUUGCCUCCUUUGGUGUCCCAGAGAAAUUGGGUUGUGGUAACCUGCCGCUGAAUGGUCACCAAAAGGACCUGUGCAAGAAGAAGCCCUACCUCCUGCACAGCAUCCGAGAAGGAGCACGCUUGGGCAUCCAAGAAUGCCAGAGCCAAUUCAGACAUGAGCGGUGGAACUGUCUACUCUCUCCGGAUACAGUGCCUGCACUUUCCAUUAAUCCUUCAUCCAUCUCCGCCUCUCCUGCUUUCUCCAUCUUUGGCUAUGAGUUGAGCAGCGGUACCAAAGAAACAGCAUUUAUCUAUGCUGUGAUGGCAGCUGGCCUAGUGCAUUCAGUGACACAUUCAUGCAGCACAGGGAAUCUGACUGACUGUGCCUGCGAUUCCAUGUUACAAAACAGUGGCUCAACCAGAGAAGGCUGGCACUGGGGUGGAUGUUCUGAUGACAUCCAGUAUGGAAUGUGGUUGAGCAGAAAGUUCUUAGAUGGUCCAACAAAAAACAUCUCCAGAAAAGAUAGAAAUGGAUUGAUGGUCAUGAAUCUGCAUAAUAAUGAAGCAGGAAGACUGGCAGUAGCAAAACUGAUGUCCAUCAACUGCCGCUGUCACGGCGUAUCUGGUUCUUGUGCUCUGAAAACUUGCUGGAGAACCAUGUCAUCUUUUGCAAAAGUUGGCAGUUUUUUAAAAGAAAAGUAUGAGAACAGUAUCCAGAUUUCUGACAGCCUAAGAAGAAAAAUACGCAGGAAAGAAAAAAGCCAGCGGAACACCCCAAUCCACAAAGAGGACCUGCUGUAUAUCAACAGAUCGCCCAACUAUUGUAUGGAAGAUCGCAAAUUGGGGGUCUCUGGGACACAAGGGAGGGAAUGCAAUCGUACAUCAGCUGGACUGGAUGGAUGCAACCUCCUCUGCUGUGGCCGUGGAUAUAACACUCAAGUGGUCAGGCAUGUGGAGAGAUGUGAGUGCAAAUUUGUUUGGUGUUGCUAUGUACGCUGCAGAAGAUGUGAGACUGUGACUGAUGUUCAUACUUGCAAAUGAAAGUAAUUGCCUCAAAUAUCUGUCAUGGAUCAAGCAAAAGAAAAAUUAACAUUUUCUCUGGAGUCCAAGGCUGAAAGCUUUUGUGGAAAGAGCAACUUGGAAGAAAUAGCAACAAAUCAUCUGGGAACUUGGAUUUCAUGAGAAAUUUGCAUACUUGGGCAGUGUAUCUGUGUAAUUCAGUCCACAAUGGCUGUGGAUUUCAGUCACAUGCGGUACUUUAGUGAAUUUAGUGCCCAGGAAAUCAGACUAGCUUAGAUUUAACAUUCAAAAGUUAAAAUAAUAUCCUGUAUAAGGCACCUUGCUCUCCUGUAAUGAGAACAUUCUGUUUAUAAAAUAUCCAUAAAAUCAUUUGCACAGCAACUGUUAGUUGGGAAUGACACUGAUGUUCAAGCAAAGCAUCCAAGACUUGGUUAACCAAUCACAACCCAAAAAAAUGGCUGGAUAGAUUUCUUAGAGUAGACUUUAUACAGGUAGUCCUUGACUUAUGACUGGUCACUUAGCAAUCACUGGAAGUUACAAUGGAUCCUGAAAAAGGAACUUGCAACCUGAUCUCUUACGUAUGACCUCCUCCCUGUAGGCUUGUGACUACAUUUUGCAUGUUCGGCAACCAGCCUACAUUUACAGCCAUUUGCAGCAUCCCAUGAUCAACAUGACUAUGUUUUUUUCCCCCAGGAACAGCCGUUUUUUCCUAGUUUCCAGCAAAAAUGCCCCAUAGUGAACAAUGGGUCGCUUAAUAACUGUGGUGUUCACUUAAUGUCCAUGGCAUUCCCUUUAUAACUGCUGCAUUUUCUUAACAACUAUCAUAAAAUUAAAUCGAACACAGUCAUGUGAUGACAUGCUUUAUGAUGAUCAUGACUUACAACCAAAAUUGCAGGCUUAAUUCCAGUCAUAAGUUGAGAGCUAGUGUCAUUGGUACAGUCAUCAGCAUUAGAGAACAAGCUUGUUGACGCAGAUGGUGUGCUGUAAAACAACAGUGUAUUUUGUGUGUUUUCACUUCUAUUCCAAUGUUCUAUUUUUUCAUUUAAGACAGAAACAGAAUGGGGGGGGGGUCCUUGGUGCUCUCUGAGCUUGGUUGUUUUCUCGCAGAGAUUUCAUUAGCCAAAUGGGGUACAUCGUUAGUGUUAGCACUGAUCAGAGUGCUAACGGUCAUGACACUUUUUUCAGUGCUGUUGUAACUUCGGUCAAUGAAUGAAUGGUUAAAUCGAGGACUACCUCUAUCAUCUACACAGCAAAGGGAAUUAUCUUGGUGCAAGAUAUCCAAAGACAGAAUCACUCUUCUGCAUCUGUCAUAUUUCAUAAAUGCCUUCAUUUCAACUACUUUUUGUAGAAAUGGAAAGAAGAUGCUUGGUAUUGUGUUGGGAUGAAGAGAGCUUUUCUUUGUGGUGCAUCAUUACGUAUUUCUAGUGUUCUUUUGUAUGUACAUGAAAUUCAGGAUAUAGAAUUGCAAUUUUAAAUAUUACUCUGGAUGAAUUGAAAGCAAUCAAUUUACAAUUCAGUUCCCAAUAUGCUGUCUUAUGAUUUUCUUUGAUUGUUUGAACUGGAAUUUUCUGAUGCAUAAAGGAGCUUGGUUUCCCCCCCCCCUGAAUAUACAAACUGUUGGCAAGUUAUAACUAGCAAUAUGUGGAAGACUAUAGGCCCCAUUCUUGGACUCCAUCCAUAGAUCGACUUCAGUUCGGCAUUUAACACAAUCAUUCCCCAGCAUCUAGUAGAAAAACUGGGCCUUUUAGGCUUAAACACUCCUUUGUGCAACUGGAUUCUUGAUUUUCUUACAAACAGGGCCCAAUGUGUGUGAGCUGGAACAAAUAUUUCUAACACCAUUUUCUUGAGCACAGGUUCUCCUCAGGGCUGCAUCCUAAGUCCGCUGCUAUUCACCUUGUUGACCCAUGACUGUUGUGCUAGGUUUGCCACCAACCAUAUUGUGAAGUUUGCAGAUGAUACAACAGUAGUGGGCCUUAUUUAUGAUGACAAUGAGGGUGCUUACCGCAAGGAGGUUGAGG